AUGACAGACGGCCUCCGACCAAACUGGAAGCGGCCGCGCGUCACGUGCGGGCCGGACUGCAUGUCAGCAGUUGUGUGCGUGAGGGGCUCGGAGCUGGUGUUUGUUUGUCUCUGCGUUCACAGGCCUGAGGAGCCGCAGCUGGCUCAGGGGAGGCAGACUUGUCUCCUACAGUCGGAGUUGGUAAACUACGAGAGAGUGAAGGAGUACUGCCUGAAGGUGCUGAGCCACCAGAGAGACCACUUUAAGGCCAUGUACCGAGCCGGCAUCGCCUUCUAUCACCUGGGUGACUACGAAUGUGCGCUACGCUACCUGCGGGACGCAAAGAACCGUGAACCCACAGACACCAACGUGCUGCGGUACAUCCAGCUCACGGAGAUGAAGAUGAGCAAGAGCGGGCAGCGGGAUCGAGAGAGCGGCAAGGAGACGCUGGGCUAACACUUUACCCCUUACAAACUCCUGACCCCUCCCACCUUUGACCCCAUGACGACCCUCCCUCCCUCCGCCUCCUCUCUCCACCUCUGUUGACAUCCGACAGCAGCACAGACAGAAGAGACCCAGUCAUCCACCUGGUGGCGCACAAACGGGACACAUAUCAAGCGCUGUCUGCUUCCUCCUCUUCCUCUCCUCUCCGCCGUUUCUCCCUCAGGUGCCGUGGUUCCUCCCCCCUAGACGCAGUCAGCAAUCUAACAAGAAGAAAAUCGACAAAAAACAGAGAAGAAGCUGUAUUAUACUCAUAGAAACUGUCAUUGUGGUGGAGUGAAAAGGGGAGCUUUGAGACAUACAUACGAACAACAGACAUUGGCGUGGUUUAGUACAUAUUUUAAGAGCAUAAGAUGCUUUGUGUUUUGGCACUCUUUUCUCUCUGCCUUCUUUCUGUCUUGUAUGAGAACCUUUGAGGAGGAUUUUGGGGGUUGGGAAGCCUGACCACACCGGCAGGAGGGCAGGGGUGUGCGCACACGUGCGGGCCGUUUGAAGCAUAAGCAAAGGAUAGUGCGGGGCAUGUGUGAGACACAUAUCGAGACCACAGCCCAAUUUGAUUGUACAUCCUGACCCAGUGGGGCUCACCUGGGUCCCCUUACCAAGAUUGUGGGACCGACCACCAGGAGAAAAAGCCUGCCUCCUUUCUUAAACUAUCACUUCUCUGUCCUGGAUGCCAUGUAUCUCGGUUUCUAGACUGUUUUUUCAAUUUAAGGGCUAAUUCAAGAGUUUGUAAUCCUUCAUUAGGGUUUAUAAUUUGCUGUUAUACUCAGCAGGAAGUAAUUAAUCAUUUGCGAUAAGUCCAUAGCAAGUGUGUGCACAGCACAGAGACACAAUUCCCCAUUGGCUCUUGCUGUUUUCAGCUGUGCUAUUGCAGUUACUGGUGUGUCUUGAAUCUGUUGUCUGAAGCCCCACUUUGGUUACGUGUUACGUUAAUGUUCUUGAGAAUGUGGAGGCCUCUCCCUCCCUCCCACUGACCCCUCGUUUCUCCCAUUAAUGAUGUCACAACGGAAAACAGCCAAUCACAACUGCUGUUGGCUGUAUGGAGAUGUGCUCAUACCUUUCCCAGUGAGAAACACAUGGUUUGUGCUGAAGCUUCCCAGACUUCGCAAAGACACCAAGGAGACUCUGGGCAGCGUUAGUGCAGGGAAAACAAUCGCACACACACACAAAUACACAGCUGUCCCAACAGUCUGAACCUCGGUUUUGAAACACUCAGCUUUACAGAACAUCAACUACGGUGAGCCAUUUGAGAUUUCUCCUGCUAAGUUAUGGUAUGUCAACGGAUAUGACAUCUAUUGACAAAACUGUAGAGAUUGUUCCCAACACACAGCUGUAAGAACACACAUCGGACCAUCAGCAUCGGUUGCCACCGGCGAUGGCUCGUGCUCACUCAUUUCCAUCUGUCAAACGCCGCCGCUGCUUCUCUCGUGACGUGCAUAGCUGAAUCAUUGAUAAUGCGAAUAUUGCUUUUCUAUUAGCUUUGCCACUGGUUUAAAUCUGCCUGCCCUGUCCUGCAGAGGGCUGGAUCGAUAACUUCUGGAAGCAUGACCUAAAUUUCCCUCGUCUCUGAUGCCAUGAAACCCAGUUUCUUAAUCCUCCUGCAUGAAACGUGUGGCUCCAGAGAGUUAUUUCAGAUGUAUGGGAUAGGGAUUAUAACUGCUCUGUUGCUUUUUCUUAUGGCAUGCUGCCACUACAAUUUGUUCUCAUGCCUCUAUUUUGGCUGUUCUGUCCUUUAUCAAAGCAGAGGGUGAAAACAGGCUCUGAUCACAGCAGAGAAAGGAGGUAAUCAAGUCACUUUGAUACACCUCCUGCUAAGUUGAAUGAGAAAUCUACUGCCUAAAUAAUUCAAAAAGAGGAAGUCAGAGAAAGAAAUCAAAAUAAGAGAAAGAAGUUUGGGGAAUAUGUUCCCUUCCAUUCUACGUCACUGACCUGUUAUGACGUGGAACACAGGGGCCUAAGUGUGUCAGUGGCACUCUGGAGAGAUGGCACCAUGGGUUGGAGAGACCUGCAUGAUACAUGGAGGCUCCGGUGGAGGUAGAAGUAGGCCACCAUCAGCCCCAGUCAAGCUGCUGCUGCUCCGCCGGGUUAGAGGAGAUGCAAGAGAAUUUACAUUUGUCCUGUGACACAACUCGGUCAGAAUAACGUGAACACACGAAUAGACCACCAAAAUUGACUUCUUAGUAUCUUCAGAAUAGCCAGCUGCUGUAACUGGCAGACUAAGGAUGGUUUUGAUUGACAGCGGCACUUACAAAAACAGGUUUUCUCAAAUGUAAACAGUUUUUAGGAAUAAUAUUUCAAUAUCAGACACAGUUUAAGACGCUUACACCUGUCUAAAUAAAAGAUUUCAAUUAGUUUCAACCCUAUCAAAUCAAAGUCUUCACAGUGAAAUGUUUGCAAUCCCUGUUUGAGGAGGAUUACAAAGACUUUACUGUUUAGAGCCUCCUUUGGGGAAUCCCUUAAUUUGACGUUGUCAAUGUAAUAACGGCAUAGAUCUAAUAUUUCUGUGAAUUCUAUCAGACUUUAUGUCUGUCUUUAUGCCACAGACUCUCCCGGACCAGCUGCCAAAACAUUGAUCUGAACAGAUUUUACACCAGGCUUGAAACUAUGUAAAGAGUUGAACACGUCGACUAUCUCGGUGGUCAGUUAUUGCAAACGGCAAAACAUCCGUGUGCUUCGGCGCCCUGUGUACUCUUUCUGCAUCUCCUCGUUUCCCACCAGAGCUAAACCAACAACAGGGAGCAGCGCCUGCCGGCUCGGCUGAGUCUUAUCACCCGUGGGCCCCUGGAGGAUAGGUGUCUGCCUCCUUGGUGCUCUCUCCAUGGCACCGGUUUGCCAUCACGUUUUUUGUCCGGCCGUGCUAAGUCAUUCUAGUUCAUCGUGUACUGCGACCGUCUAAAAAUAUGGAGCUGCACAUUAAGCAGGUUUGUUUCCAUCUGAUGGGGUUCCUUGAUUAACAACCAAGCCGACUCCUGAGGUUUUAUUGCAGCCAUAAUCCAACAACAUGCUCUUUGUGCAAAUAGAGACACGGACACCCGAUCUCUUCAUUAGUGUAGCUUUGAAAACAGACAACAAGCACAACAAAAAAGAAAAGUACAGUGAAGCUACUGGCUGUGUUAUUGAUUGAUUCUGUUUCUUUGCUAUUUUUCUUUCAAGUCAUUUAAAGGUAAAUGUUUGUCAAAUGUCAGAGUAGUUUUUGUGAAGAUAUGAUACAAAUGUACAAAAAAAACAACAAAAAUGGAAAGUUCUAUGGUUGUGAAAAGCUUUACUAUAUUGAAUAACUCACAACAGAAAAGAAAAGCAAGAGACAGAAAAGAGAAUAUUACUACGGCUCCUCCACAGAGCUGCUUUGUGACUGUGUCCGUAUUUGUUGGUAUUUCUGUUGAUGUCCCUCUUGUCGGGGGGAUCCAGAAGUGGCUCAGAGUGUGUGAGAAGCCUUUCGACGCCCCAUCUAAACGAAGAUCCACAGGAAACACAGGAGUGGAUGAGAAGUGGCCAUGGGCUCGCCUCCGUCCUGUUUGUUUCUGUGCUGACACAGAGGACAUAUACCGGGGGACAUCAAGGAUUAGACUGUGUUUUUGUUCUGGCACCGCUCCCACGAGGCCUUUUCCAUGCCACAGCCAAACAUCCGACAGGCCUCCAUCUCUGGUUUUCCUGAACUGCUAGCCUGGGAAUGCACUAUUGAUUGGUAAAAUGAAGAUUAUGAAUAAAGUUUGAAGCAAAGAGGAAUAAUUCUACUGUGUUAUUUGAGUCAAAGUGUCACUCCG